CAGCUCUUCUGGUGGGGUCCUUGCGGCGGCCAAAGCAGCCAGGAGGAGGAGGAGAAGAUGGCGGACGUGCUGAGCGUUCUGCGUCAGUACAACAUCCAGAAGAAGGAGAUUAACGUCAAGGGAGAUGAAGUUAUAUUCGGAGAGUUUUCUUGGCCGAAAAACGUCAAAACCAACUAUGUCAUCUGGGGGACUGGAAAGGAAGGACAGCCGAGGGAGUACUACACUCUUGACUCCAUCUUGUUUUUGCUCAACAAUGUGCACCUUUCCCAUCCUGUGUAUGUCCGUCGAGCUGCAACAGAAAACAUUCCUGUUGUCAGAAGACCUGACAGAAAAGACCUUCUUGCCUACUUAAAUGGGGAAACAUCUACUUCUGCUAGUAUAGACAGAAGUGCUCCACUGGAAAUUGGUCUUCAGAGAUCUUCACAAGUGAAGAGGGCUACAGAUGAAAUAUUAGCUGAAGCAAAGAAACCUAGAAUAGAGGAUGAAGAACGCGUACGUCUUGACAAGGAGAGACUGGCUGCUAGGCUGGAAGGCCAUAAAGAAGGCAUUGUGCAGACCGAGCAAAUUCGAUCCCUCUCAGAAGCCAUGUCAGUUGAAAAAAUUGCUGCUAUCAAAGCCAAAAUUAUGGCCAAAAGAAAAACUACAAUCAAAACCGAUUUGGAUGAUGAUAUAACAGCCUUAAAACAGAGAAGUUUUGUGGAUGCAGAAGUGGAUGUUACCAGGGAUAUUGUCAGUAGGGAAAGAGUGUGGAGAACGAGAACGACUAUACUGCAGAGUACAGGGAAGAAUUUUGCCAAAAACAUAUUUGCAAUACUUCAGAAUGUGAAAGCAAGGGAAGAGGGUCGUGCACCCGAGCAAAGACCAGUGCAAACUACUGCACCAACGGACCCAACACUGAGAAACAAGCAGCCGGCUCCACAGAUCUACAAUAGAUACGAUCAAGAAAGAUUCAAAGGGAAAGAGGAAACGGAAGGCUUUAAAAUUGACACUAUGGGGACAUACCAUGGAAUGACGCUGAAAUCUGUGACUGAAGGUGCUUCAGCCAGGAAGACGCAGACUCCGGCCGCACAGCCAGUGCCAAGACCAGUAUCACAAGCCAGACCACCACCCAACCAAAAGAAAGGUUCAAGAACACCCAUUGUUAUUAUACCAGCGGCUACCACCUCUCUAAUAACCAUGCUAAAUUCAAAAGAUCUCUUGCAGGAUCUGAAGUUUGUUUCAUCAGACGAAAAGAAGAAGCAGGGCUGUCAGAGAGAAAAUGAGGUUCUAAUCCAGAGAAGAAAGGACCAAAUGCAGCCCGGCGGUACAAGUAUAAGUGUGACUGUGCCAUACAGGGUGAUAGAUCAGCCACUGAAGCUGCUGCCGCAGGACUGGGACCGUGUGGUAGCGGUGUUCGUUCAAGGUCCUGCUUGGCAGUUUAAAGGCUGGCCUUGGCUCUUGCCCGAUGGAUCUCCUGUAGAUAUCUUUGCGAAAAUUAAAGCCUUCCACCUCAAGUAUGACGAAGUUCGACUUGAUCCCAAUGUACAGAAAUGGGAUGUAACAGUGUUGGAGUUAAGUUACCAUAAAAGACAUUUGGACAGACCUGUGUUCCUGCGAUUCUGGGAAACUCUGGACAGGUACAUGGUGAAGCACAAAUCUCACUUGCGAUUCUGAAAAUCAGGGAAUGCUUUGUUUUCUGUAUUUGGAUGGCUAAUUGUGGCUUCACUCUCACCUAGAGCACAGAAGUCUGUUCAUGAUAGAAAAGGAAUUCACCUUGCAAUGAAUUCACCUUCAAACUAUGGUCUUUUUGGUCUAAGGGGAGAGUGCCAUUUAUUUACAACCGGAAUGAACAGUGUACUAUUUUUUAAAUAUUUGCAUAAUGUCUGCAAUUCAAAUUGUAUAUUUUGAUAGUAAGAAAUCUUUCUUUUAAGGCAGCAUUUUGGUUAGAUCUUGUUUACAGAAACCACCAAACUCUACUUUUAGGGUGCAUUCCCUCUAAAGUGUUUUUUCUCCCUUCCCUUCUUUGUGCAUAACUCUGUUUUCCAUGGAAAGCCCCACUGCACAGCUCAGCAUGCACCAUUGCCAGAUUGGUAAAAUAUGGAAGUGAUGAAUGGUUGCAGUGGGAGGAUGCUAUGAUAAAGGACUGUUGGAUGAAAAACUCUAUUAUUUUUUUUGUUUUUUUUGUUUAUGUAAAACUUUAUAAACUUUCCGAUUUCGUACAUUGUUUUUCUUUUCCACAAACAAUAUGAAUCAAUAAAAUGGACAUUCACUCCUGUGUAUAUAUCUGUAAAA